GAGUGCCAAUUUCUGAAAGAUACUCAUCUGGACUUUGGUGAUUUUCUACAUUUUUAUUCCACUAAUGCCAUUCUAACAAUUUAUAUUUUUUCAAUUAUUCUAGACAUGGAAAGUCUCCACAAAAAACAAAAAAUGAUAUUAACACGACAUAUCCACAAGAAGGGCAUGGCCCUGACUGUGCCAAAGCAUAAAUCUCUUGCUCCAGAGAAUCCUAUUGAAUGCACUGAUUUGGGUGAUGCAUUUACUCUGAGAUCUGCAUUGACUCAACAUUUGUUAAUUCACCUCAGGAGGAAACGUUACAUCAGCAAACAGUGUCGAAAAUCACUUAGUGAACAAUCAUCCCUUACUCGACAUAACCAAAUUCACACACAAGGCAAAUUAUAUAAAUGUCAUGUGUGUGGGAAAGCCUUUAGUAAUUGCUUUUGCCUUAGGAGACAUGAGAUGAUCCACACUGGAGAGAAACCAUUUAAAUGCCAUCUUUGUGGAAAAGGCUUUGUGCAAAGUUCUGACCUUAGAAACCACAACCAAACACACACAGGGGAGCGGCCAUAUGAAUGCCAUGUGUGUGGGAAAGCUUUUCGUCAGAAUUCGUACCUGAGACAGCAUGAGAAUAUUCACACAAGAAAGAAAUCAUACGAAUGCCAUCUAUGUAAGAAAGCUUUCAGUCACAGAUCUUACCUUAGAAAACACGAGAGAAUUCAUUCUGGAGAGAAAUGUUUCCAAUGUCAUGAAUGUAAGAAAACGUUUAGUCAGAGCUCUGGCCUUAGCCAGCACAAGAGAAUCCACACUGGAGAUAAACCACAUGUGUGUCUUCUGUGUGGGAAAGCCUUCAUUCAAGGUUCAGAACUCAGACGGCAUGAGAGAACACACACAGGGGAGAAGCCAUAUGAAUGUCACCAGUGUGGGAAUGCCUUCAGUCAAUACUCUAACCUUCGACGACACAAGAGAACGCACACUGGAGAGCAACCAUAUGCAUGUCAGCUAUGUGGGAAAGCCUUCAGCCAUUAUUCUUCCCUUAGACGACAUGAGGGAACCCAUCCCCGUGGAGAAAAUCAUGAGUGCCCUCAGUAAGUAUUCCGACCUGAGACGACAUGGGUUUACAGAUGCAAUGAAUGUGGAAGAAGUGUCAGUCACAGCUUUCACAGUGACACCACAGGAUGCACAUAUUGAAGAAACGGCCUGCAGUCAAUAUGGGAAAUGUUUCAGUCCUCAUACUCCUCCCUCAAGAAAUGUAUUUGCAUUUGGAAGUGAAUUCAUAUGUAUGCUGUCCACAUGGCAAAGCCUUUAGUCACUGGUCUGACCUUAGAUAACACAGCAGAACUUAUGCUGUAAGUAUAAUAACACAGAUGUUUCCAGCAAAGCGCUCGACUUGAAAGAUACUAGAGCACUUACCGGGAAUUCUUGUCAAACAUGAGCAAACUCCACACGGGAGAACCCUUUGGUCUGUAAUCACUGCGAAAGAAUAUUUAGCCAAACACCUGGUGUGAGCGUAAGAAAAGUCCGUGAAGGAAUAAACACUAAGGAUGUAAGAGGAUGAAGCCUCUGAGGAAUACCAAACACUUCUUACAGAUAAUUCAGACCCGAGAAGUUAUUCAAUGUAAAAUCGUGGGAAAUCCUUUAUUCAAAGAACAACUCUUGCGGCACAUGUGAAGAUUCUGACUGUACGAAACACUCGCAGUAUCACGAGUGAAGGGGAGUCUUCAGUGUCCCUUAUUUUUUAGUCAACAGUAAGGUUCUCACACUGAGAAGAUAGCAGUCCUGAAAUCAGAGUAGAGAAAACUUCAGCCAGAUUUUGUAUCAGAAAAAAGAGUGUGUGCAUGGGUGUGCGUGUGUGUGUGUGCACGCGUGUGCGUGAGUGGUGGUAUUGCUACAUAUGAAAGUGUCCUUUAGUACUUGGCAAGUCAUUGAGACUUUGAGAAAAUACCUGUUUGUGGAAAAUGUGGCAUGGACUAUAGGAGAGUGACAUGGUCUGGCAAGAUCGAAUGUAGGAUUUCGUAAGAAGUUAAACGUUUACUGCAGAUCAGCACUUGCAAAUCUUGAAACAAUAAAACCUGUUGCUAAAGAA